ACUGUAACUUGCCUAUUUGUGUAAAAGUUAGUGUAACGCUCGUGUCGAACAUUUGUUUUCCCUAAAUGUAGCCAGGGCUCGCGAGCUAGCAUUGCAGCUAGCUGUAUAAUGUUAAUGCUUUAAUGGCGAUAACAGCUGAUUUCUUUCACUUGGUAACUGAAGUCUUGUCUCUGGACAGGGAUUUUAUUUACAAGCGGCUUUCUUGUAUCUGGAGGAGAGUGGUAGGUCUAUUUUAGAGAAGCCAGUUGACCUUUCAGUGUACGAGCUUCUGUAGGAAAACAGUAAUAUGACGACGUGAUGUGUGACCAGCUAGCAAUGGUGCAUGGACUGGAGAGCGUCAUCAAACCAGCGGAAACAAAAACCUGUGUGUUCAUCUGUCCAACAGAACAUGCCUUCUACUCUGCACUGACCAUAAAAAUGGUUGAAGCACAAGCAUUAACUGCAACAGAAACAGCUGUGCAGGAGGAAGAUAACUGGGCGACAAACAGCCAAACUCAUGUAACAAGGUGUGACAACAGUCCUGUGUGAUAGGCGUCCUUCAGAGAACUGGAUACAACGUCCAGAGAAGAUGGAGGACUCUCCCCACCUGUACAUCUCUGAACGUGGAGACAAUGAGGAUAUGGAGGAGGGGGAGGAUGAGGACAUUUCUCAAGAGGAAACUAAUAUGGAACCAGACCUGAUGAAUUCACUGUACCCAGAUCUUCAUGAAAACCCCAAUCAGGAUACUGAGAGAGACUGGAAAUCUUUUCCCUGCCAGCACUGUGAACGACAUUUUACCAGCAAACAAGGCUUAGAACGACACAUGCACAUCCAUGAUUUAGGGAUCAGUGAGGCACACACCCACAAAAGCAGUGAGAGCGACAUGUCUUUUGGUUCAAAUCUGGGGCAUUUGCAGCAUGAGAAGAUGAACCCUCUGAAUUCAGAGGACUCAGUCAUGCAGCUUCAAACUUCUUCCCCCACUAGCUCUAAUACUUCCACUUUGUCGGCUGGAGACCACACUGUUCAGCCAGACAAACAGGGAGUAUUAGACGGCCAUCAUGCUUGCAAGUACUGUGAAAAGACAUUUACUACACAUACCAACAAGCACCGGCAUGAGCGCAGGAUCCACGAGAAGCACCUGCAACUCACAAGUGCAGAAGCAACCCAGCUUCCCCAGGAGGAAAAUCUUCAGGCAAUAUUCAGUGACGCAUCUCAACACGAAACGGAGCUUGGUGAGGGUUCAGCACCUGCAGCUGUUCUGGAGAAUGAAGGGGAACACACAGAACAAUACAUGCUAGAUGUCUCUAGCAAUAUCUCAGAGAAUCUCAGCUUUUACAUGGAUGGAAAGAUAGUGUCAACAAGUACAGUCAGUAGCUGUGAAGCAGCUGAAAUCCAUUCUGGGUCUUUAGUUAGACUGGAUGCGCUGAUUCUAGACCCCGGCCAGAUCAGCCAGGCAUUAAAUACAGAGUCAGUUACAGGUAAGGAACCAUUGGCAAAAAGAAGAACUGCAACACCACCUCUUUUACCACAAAUCAAAACUGAACUGGAGUCUGAGGUGGUUGUGUCUUCAGCCUCAUCAUCACUUGUAUCUUCUUUAAUAGAGAAUCUACUCCCUCAGAAUACAGAGUCUACCGUUGUGCAGAAGGAAAGAACAGUGUUUCUGUCACCUAAGUUGAAGCAGCUCCUGGAGAAGCAAGACGGCCUCAAACCUACACUUGCCCUCAUCACAGAUGGCCAGAAGCCUUGUUCACCAGUCUCUCUCUCUGUCCUGCCUGCUGGAACCGGGAGGUUUAAAAGAAGGACCGGAUCUCCACCGAGCUCGCCACAGCAAAACCCAACAUCUAAUGAGGAAUCGCCAAUGUUAGAUAUGGCAGAUUGUGAUGCUGUCAGUACAGGACAGAUGGAGACUCAAUUUAACGCUUCACCUGUGCACCAAACAGCCAAUGAAAAGGACGACACGACUCAACCUGUAGAGGAUCCAGCAGCGAAACCCAUCUUGUCAGAGAGCUGGCCCCCCUUGACUGGUGGUAAUUCUUGUAACCAGCAACCGUUGGAUCUCUCCAAUACAGUCAAAAGAAAUGAAGAUAUAGCUUUAUCUGAUGCCGUGCUGGAUUUGAGUUUGCAAAAAAAGUCCCCAGGUGACUCUGAACUGACAUUAAAAUUAGUUUCACAGGCAGCUUUGAAAGAAGGAAAAUCAAAUGCAUGCAUGAUGGAGAAAGCCUUAAUGAAUAUUGCAGAGCCAAAUGUGAGCCUCGGGAACCUUGAGGCUCCUUUAGUCACAGACUUCACCAUAGUUACAGGUCCAGAUAUGAUGACCCCAGUGGAGCCUGUUGCAGAAGGACUUGUUUAUGGACUUACCCUACCCCCAAAUUCUCUGACUCCAUCAUCCUCCUCCCUUACCCCUAUUGCCUUGCAGACAGCUUCCCCUUGCACUAUCGCAUUUACUUCCCCAGCCUCACACACCAUGCUUUCUACUGCUCCUUCAUUAAUCACAGUUUUAGCGCCACCACCACCUAUUUCUAACCCUUCGAGCCAACCAAUCCAGGUAUUAGCCCCUAAUAUAUCUCCCGAGCCCUUGGUAAUCUGCACAGAAAAUGCAUUAAAUUCUUCAGAGUGUGAUUUCACUGCUGCAUUUGCCACUACAAAUUCUGCAAAUCUUGUCACUCUCUCCCAGCCCCUUGACCCGACUCUAAAUCUUCCCGGCCACGUGUUUCUCACUGAUCAAAUUGCUCUCAAUCCACCUCUAGUUGAGUCCACUUCUGUGUCUGAAGUGCCAUUCACACCCAAUAUAACUUUAAAUGAUUCCCUCAUCAAUUCUUACAACAUCACCAGCAACACCGUGUUGAUUGAGUGCACAAUAGCUCUUGAAGCCCCGGGGAGGAUAGUCCCUGCUGCAAUUACCUUACAAGAAAACACAGCUGAGCCUCCAGCACCAUCACAGAUGGUUGUUAAUCACAUAGAACAGCAGCAGAUUGUAUCAGUACCCAACCCUCCAACUGUAGACCCCACUAUUCUUGUGUCCUCCAUCGCAGAAUCAGUAACUCUGUCCACUACCACCUCAGUGAUAUCUGAUUGUCCUACUGUGGGUGAGGCAAGUCCUAACCCAGAGCCUGUUGUUAAUGCAGAGCCACCAACAACAAAAGAGGAGGAAGCUGAUGACGUCACCAUUUCCAUACCUGAAAUCCCAUCUAAAAGCUAUUCUGAGAAAGCUGAAGAGGACGAAUCUUCAAACAACACACCAAGUGACGCACAACAGCAGACUUUCACGAAGAAUUUCAUCUGCAAUGUGUGUGAUAAGCUCUUCCAUUCCAUGAAAGAACUAGGCCGCCAUGUAGGUGACCAUGCCGAUGAAUGGCCCUACAAAUGUGAGUUCUGCGUGCUGCUCUUCGGCAAACCCUCCACUUUGCUUGACCAUCGAUCAAGCCUCCACGGUGUCGGCAAGACUUACGUUUGCAGUUCAUGCACAAAGGAAUUUGCAUACCUUUGCAAUCUGAAACAGCAUCAGGAAGAAUUACACCCCGGGCAGCAGUGUACAUACACAGAAGAAGAAAAGGGAAAACUAAGACGUCAGAACUACAACAACUCAACAAAAGUCAACACGGAGCCUUCAGUGCCUGACGCUCCAGAGGAAUCCAACAAGCAGUUGAAAAAGGAAGACUGUGAAGUAGAUGUGACUGCUGAAGAGCUGUUUACUACAAUAAAACUCAUGGCUUCAGAUGGAGGCAAAAUCAAAGGGCCCGAUGUUCGUCUUGGCAUUAACCAACAUUAUCCCAGCUUUAAGCCCCCUCCAUUUCCUUACCAUAACAGAUCACCCGCUGCCUCAGUGGCUUCAGCCACAAACUUCACCACCCACAACAUCCCACAAACCUUUAGCACAGCUAUUCGCUGCACUAAGUGUGGAAAAAGCUUUGAUAACAUGCCAGAGCUACAUAAGCAUAUCCUGGCUUGUGCAAACGCCAGUGAUAAAAGGCGGUACACACCCAAAAAGAAUCCCAUCCCACUACGCCACUUUGCAAAAACUCAACACGGAGUUCUGUCUACCACAAAUCCUACUAAUGGACUAAAUGCUUCGAACAGACCGAGCCAGUCAAACAGGUCCAAACCUAACCAAGAAUCACCAGUAAAGGUAAAGUUCAAGGUACUGAAAAAAAGGAAGAAAAAGUUGGUCCAAAGGGUCAUGCCACAGAGGAACAAGUCGGUCUCUUCAUCAAAUAAAAUGUCACCUGCACAGGUAGAUGAGCAGCAGGAGAUUUUUGUCUGCCCACACUGUAGCAGGGAGUUCACAAUGCGUCGCAGCAGAACCAAACACAUGGCUGUCUGCCCCAAGAAACCUAAAGAGGUAAAGAAAAGGAAGGAAGGAGGAAUCUCUGUGACAAAAGAAAAUGUCAGACACCUACAUAGAGGUGUUGAAGAGAAACAAGCCUCACCCCAGCAUAAAACACGACUCCAAACGUCUGGCACUGCUAAGAGGCCCGCCAUCCUGCCAGUGCAAACUGUCUUUUCCAACAAAAGAAGUAAAAUAAUCAUAAAAGAGAGUAUGCAGCCAAAACAAGAGACAUCCACUCUGAAUGAACUUCCCAUUGUUCGCCCUUUCAACCCCUCCAUGCGUCAGUAUGGCAGAGUGCAGCAUAGUGUCAAAGGAAUCCCCAUUAAAAUCACCAUAAUGAAACCGCAACAGACUGCGUCACAGAAGGUUGAGCUGCCUCCUUCCCACAGCCGAGAUGAAGCAAGCGGAGCCAUUAUCAGUAGCUCUGAGCAGAGUCCCACAGCUUGAGGACUACUCGACAGCCCACCGGGGAUUGUCAGGACCCUGCUGUGUGGAACCCCUUGUACACACUGGUGUCAUAGUGAUAUUAAAGGGCGAUAACUGCUAAUCACACCCCAUGGACUCGAUAAAUUGCAUCACACUGUACAAUAAAUGACUGAGUUGAGGACAGAUAAAACUGACAACUAAGAAUACUGCAGUGAGAGGAUGUGUUUAAGUGAGUAUUUGAAUGCUUUUGUAGUAGCUUGGAGUUUUGUAAAUUUCUCCUUCAUUUUGUAAACUUUCUGUCAACGUCUUGGAUUAGCACUUUGAAGUUAAUCUGACUGCUACAUGUCACAAAUUGGAAAGGAAGUGGGAGGAUUUGAGCUGGAAGACUGCUCUCAUUUCCUGCCUGGUGGGUUAUUUAUAGAAGAUGGCAGGUGGCAAUCAUUUUCAGCAUGCAUUUGCACUUUUCCUUAUCUGUUGGCCUUUUAGUUUAAAUUUACUGCAUGCUGUGAGCUUGUACGACCGCUACAUCAAUUUAAGAUGGAUCAUGUUAAUGCAAUUAGGCCUUAAACAUUGAAUCUGAUGUUGAUCGGAUUGACUGUAACCAGCGUAAAUAUAUGGAAAACACAUCAAGAUUGCUUCUAAACGUAAGUCUACAGAAUCAUACAAAAGUAAUGCACUCUACAAGUACAGUGUAACGUUGGCUGCCCGCUAGCUACCUAUCAAAUUCUUGUUAUCAACCCUGUUGAUUACUAUUAUUGGUGUGAUUGCAGCAUUGGUAGAUUUAAUGCUACAGCCUUUGCAAAUCCAAUGGUACAUAAUCUGGUUGGGUGGCCCAGUUGCUAUGUAUUUGUAUGACAGUUUUAAGAAUAAUGCUCUAUGUGCCAUCAGAUGUACAUCAUAUGACUAAAUAUGGCAUAAAGGUGAUGAAGAAUAAAUAUAGUUUGAUUUUCCUCCCCAUGUGGAAUUUAUUUUGGCGGCCCACCCAAAUAAAUAAUUUGUCUCUGUGUGAAACUGCAAUUGAAAGUGCAGAUUACUCACACUGCAUUGAUGUGCUAUCACAUUUUGAAGAAGGGCUUCCCUGAGCAGCCUAAUCACACAUGUUCGAUUUACAAUUUAUAGUCCACCACACAUAAAUUCUUAAGUUUUGGGAAACACUGCAGUUCAAUGUAUUGGCACUGCAAUCCCAAACAGAAAUACUGUGUAAUAUUCUGUAUAGCAUCAUUGACACUUUUACAGUAAUAAGAGUUCAAUUCUAAACAGCAUUGGCAGAGCCAAUUCGAGUACUUUGCCUGCUUUUCUUCUGUAACCCUAUGAUAUUUACACUAGUCCCAUUUCACCAAGUACUCAGAAAAAUUAUUUUAAAUGUUGUUUUUUUGCCAUUGAGCAACUAGAAAUCUUCAUAUUAGAAGUACAGUCUGGUUAGGUUUGUCAUCUGUAGCGUACAAGCAUUUCAUCAUUGCUUAUUAUCUGUGUAACAGUUGUCGACAGUUUAUUGUGUGAAGUGUGUUUAAUGAUUUCCAACAUGUAUAAAUCACAAAAUGGAAAUGUAAGAUCAAUUACUGGGUAUUUUUUGCUGAAACCCUGUAGUGACAUGAAAUGUUUGUGGCAAGUUGUCACUGAUCUCAAAGAGUGACUGUAAUGAAUUGUAUCAGUUUGGCUUAAAUUGCUAUGAGCUACUAGUUUGAAGAUCCAGUGCUAUACAGGGUAGUUAUUUCAUUACGAUUGAAUUAAUUUAUAUUAAUUUGGGCAAGCUAAAACUUGACAGUGGCCUGUAACCGAGAAAGAGAAUAAUGGGUCUUUUAUUUUACAUUUUUGCCUUUUCAAACCUCGCUGGUUAUAUUUCCUUCAUGUAAUGUGUUGGAUGUACAGGACCGUUUGGGAGACUGUUAUUUAACUGUGAAACUUGCUUGUAGCAUUUGGAAGUGUAAAUUGAGUAAUGUAUAUUUAUUAAUAAUUUAAAAUCAUGUUAUCAAUCUCUGAACAGUUCCUCUAUGAUUUGCACUAAAGGUUUUUCAAGCGAGUGUUCAAAAUAAAUGGAAAAUCUUAAGGUUA